CCCGGGGGGGGGGGGGGGAGCUGUUCCACUCCUUUUGUACAGUUUGAUCGAGUCUGUGAGCUGAAAGGCAAAGAAACGCUGUUUUGAUGAAAGCAACACUGUCAGAUGAUUAAAGGACUGUUUGGUUAAAUGUUUUCCACCUCUUUGUUUCUGAACAACAGACGCAUGUAUUAGAAAAGCACUGGAAAGCAGAACCACACCGCUGACACCCUGUUUUUCACGGUUUUGGUGUUAAUAAUUACUAAUAGUUAUUAAACUGCUGACCCGGUGGAUUGUUUAAAGCUGGCCAAAGUUCUCUCUCGCACCGACCGACCCCCCCCCCCCCAUCCCACCCCACGGAUCUGGACCUGUUCUUUCUGAGCUCAGGUGCUCGUAUCGAGCUUCAGGUUUAAAGCAAGUGGAGCGAUGGAGAGUCCCAAAGUGAUCAUCAGCAACCCGGCAGACAUCUCCGUCAUCGUGGGAUACUUCGUGGCGGUCAUCGGCGUGGGCGUUUGGGCCAUGCUUCGCAGCAAUCGUGGGACGGUGGGAGGAUAUUUCCUGGCGGGGCGCACCAUGACCUGGUGGCCGGUUGGUGCAUCUCUGUUUGCCAGCAACAUUGGCAGCGGCCACUUCGUGGGCCUGGCGGGCACCGGGGCCGCCAGCGGCAUCGCCGUGGGGGGGUUUGAGUGGAACGCUCUGUUCAUCGUGCUGCUGCUGGGCUGGCUGUUUGUACCCGUCUACCUCACCGCCGGGGUCAUCACGAUGCCCCAGUACCUGAAGAAGAGGUUCGGGGGGACCAGGAUCAGCCUCUACCUCACCGUCAUCUCGCUGUUCCUCUACAUCUUCACCAAGAUCUCAGUGGACAUGUUUUCUGGGGCGGUGUUCAUCCAGCAGGCUUUAGGGUGGAACAUCUACGUGGCCGUCAUCACCCUUCUCUUGAUAACGGCCUUGUACACCAUCACAGGUGGCCUGGCUGCUCUGAUGUUCACUGACACAGUUCAGACCUUCGUCAUCAUUGCCGGGGCCUUCGUCCUCACCGGUUUCUCUUUCGCUAAAGUAGGAGGCUACAGCGCUCUGCUGGCCAAAUACAGCGCCGCUACGCCCAGUAAUUUCUCCUCCACGGAGCCCCAGCGCUACAACAUCUCCCCCAGCUGCUACACCCCAAGACAGGACGCCUUCAACCUGCUGAGGGACCCGACCACCGGGGACCUGCCCUGGCCCGGCGUGCUUUUUGGCAUCGCCAUAGUGGGAGGCUGGUACUGGUGCACAGACCAGGUCAUCGUGCAGCGGUGCCUCGCGGCUCGCAACCUGACGCACGUGAAGGCCGGCUGCAUCAUGUGUGGCUACCUCAAGCUGCUGCCCAUGUUCCUCAUGGUGUUCCCCGGCAUGAUCAGCAGGGUCCUCUACCCAGAUGAGGUCGGCUGUGUUGUGCCCGAGGUGUGUAAGAGGGUGUGUGGGACUGAGGUCGGCUGCUCCAACAUCGCCUAUCCCAAGCUGGUGGUGUCCAUCAUGCCAAACGGUCUGCGAGGUCUGAUGCUGGCUGUGAUGUUGGCCGCCCUCAUGUCGUCUUUGGCCUCCAUCUUUAACAGCAGCAGCACGCUGUUCACACUGGACAUCUGGACCCGCAUCAGGCCACAGGCCGCCGAGCGCGAGCUCCUCAUCGUGGGCCGGGUCUGGGUUCUGAUCAUCGUGUGCGUCAGUAUCUGCUGGAUCCCGGUGGUGCAGGCGGCUCAGAGCGGCCAGCUGUUCGAUUACAUCCAGUCGGUGUCGAGCUAUCUGGCUCCGCCCAUCGCCUCCGUCUUCUUCCUGGCUGUGUUUGUCAAGAGGGUCAAUGAACAGGGUGCGUUCUGGGGCCUGAUAGCGGCUGUGAUGGGUCUGUGCCGCAUGUUGCCCCGAGUCUGGUUCGGUUCUGGCAGCUGCGUCUUCCCGUCCACCUGCCCCGUUCUGGUGUGCGGCAUCCACUACCUCCACUUCGCCAUCAUACUCUUCUUCUGCACCUCCGUGCUGGUGCUGGUGGUCAGCUGCUGCAGCCGGCCCAUAGAGGACGAACACCUCCACCGGCUGGUGUUCAGCCUGCGUCACUCCAAAGAGGAGAGGGUGGAUUUGGACUGGGAGCAGGAGGAGAAAGGGAGAAGAGCCCGGAGGGAGGCGGAGGAGCGGCGGAGGGAGAGCAAGGACUCUGCGGCCGAAGCGUCUUGUGUCGGUCGGCUUUGUGGCAGCUCCCAGGCACACGAGGAAGCCCCGCCGCCCGAGGCACCGGAGAAGCUGCCCGACAUCGGCGAGGAGCCGGCGUGGAGGCACGUGGUGGACGCCAACGCGCUCAUCAUGAUGGCCGCGGCGGUGUUCAUGUGGGGUUACUACGCUUGAUCCCUCGGACGUCACGAUGACGUGAAAAUGAGCGUCUGUAGAGCAGCUUACCCUGACGUUACUGUAUACGGUUACACGUUGAUUCAAUGUGCGGCCGCUUCCGAGACUGAGAAAGAAAAAAAAGUGAGAAGACACAAUAAAAGAAUCAAGUUGCCCCAAGAUUGGUUUUCAAAGCCUUUUCUUUGGCUCAAAAAAAUCAAUGAGUCACUUCGUAAAACACAGAUAAGGCGUUGAAUAAAGUCUACAAAGAACA